UGUAAAAACGUCUCAUGGCGAGGACAGGAGCUGCAUGGUGUCAUUUCUUGGAUCUGUUUUUUGUUGCGCGGACACGCGUUCACAGUGUGCCGCUGCAAUUUAUUUUGGGCAUCUGACAUUAAAGCUCGCCCUGCCCCGUGAUGGCAGGCGGCCCCACGAAGCAGCCACAGCACCGGGCUCUGACUGGAAGCUCUUUGUCCGUCCUCUGUACUCUGUAAUAAUGAUGGACAGUUUGUAACAGGGACUGAGCAGCACGGGACACGGCAACCUGUUGUAAGCUGUACAAGGAGAGCAGUUUGGGUGGUGAACCAGCAUCACAGCCAUCAUGACCAAAGAGGAGGAGAUCCCAGACUGGGUGGGAGCCCAGGAGUUCUACGACAAGUAUGAGCCAAAGGAGAUUCUGGGGAGGGGAGUGAGCAGUGUGGUGCGUCGCUGUGUCGACAAACGGACGUCUCAGGAGUACGCGGUGAAGAUCAUUGACAUCACCCCAUCGGACAAGAUGACUCCGCAGGAGAUUCAGGAGAUCAGAGAGGCGACGGUGAAGGAAAUUGACAUCCUUAAGAAAGUGUGCGGACAGGACAAUAUCAUACAGCUUAAAGAUUGCUACGAGUCCAACGCCUUCUUCUUCCUGGUUUUUGACCUGAUGAGGAGGGGUGAACUUUUUGACUACCUCACAGAGAAAGUUACUCUGAGUGAAAAGGAAACCAGGAAGAUCAUGCGUGCUCUGCUGGAUGUGGUCCAGGUUCUUCAUGGCCAGAACAUCGUCCACAGGGACCUAAAGCCUGAGAAUAUCCUUUUAGACGACCAGAUGAACAUCAAACUCACAGACUUUGGCUUUGCUGUGCAAAUCAACCCGGGUCAGACUCUCAAAGAGGUGUGUGGGACCCCUGGUUACCUUGCUCCUGAGAUUAUCGAGUGCUCCAUGGACUCAGGGCAUGCCGGAUACGGUACUGCUGUGGACAUAUGGAGUUCAGGGGUGAUCAUGUACACGCUGCUUGCCGGCUCUCCACCUUUCUGGCACAGGAAGCAGAUGAUGAUGUUGCGCAUGAUCUUGGCUGGGAGUUACGACUUCUCGUCUCCAGAAUGGGAGGACCGCUCAGACACUGUUAAAGAUUUAAUCUCUCGGAUGCUGGUGGUGGACCCAAAGCAGCGAUUCACAGCUACCGAUGUUCUCAACCACUCGUUCUUUUCACAGUACGUGGUGGAUGAAGUACGACAGUUCAGUCCAUACAGGCGGUUCAAGGUCAUUUGCAUGACUGUUCUCGCCACAAUGCGAAUCUACUGCAACUACCGCCGUGCCAAGCCCGUCACCAAGGAGGUGAUCAAGAGUGACGCAUACUCUGUCAAACCCAUCCGCAAGCUCAUUGACGCGUGUGCAUUCAAGAUCUACGGCCACUGGGUCAAGAAGGGCCAAACUCAGAACAGAGCAGCACUUUUCGAGAACACUCCCAAAGCCAUCCUGCUGUCGAUGGCUGCCGAGGUAGACGAGCCGAUCCACCACAUCUGGUAAUGAGCACUUCAGGACAGAUCGGCUGGAGCUUAACGAGGGAAGUACAACUCUCUGUGGCUUUUUAUACCUAAAAGCAAUGAACUGUUUAAACAUAAUCCACUACUACUAGACAGGAUUCAUUCAAGAAUGCCAAUGGUCAAGACUUUUUGUCCUGAACGCUGAUUAAAAUGAUGAAUGAUUAACUUGUAAAAUUGUGUUUUAAAGAAAAUAUUUAACUUUAAGUUAACCCAUUCUCAACUGUAUAUCCUCUCAGAGACAGAUUGAUGCAUCAAACAAUCUCCAUAUCUCACAUGGAUUUACUGUAUGAAAUAUAAACUAAUUUUAAUGUUUUAUUCAAGAUUAAAAUAUAGACUUCAAUUGUUAAUGAUCAUGUUUGUAAAAAUCAGUCGAGAGUUUGUGGUUAUUUAAGUUAUGCCCUGCAGCAGUUACAAACAUCUGUUUUGUCUUACCAGCGGUGUAAAGUAAAACUUGUGGAUUUAAUCAACAUAAUUUGGCUGACAGGAAUAUAAACAGUGAAUCUGCAUACUUGAAAUGCCACGGACUGACAUUUCUGUACUUUGUGGCCAUGUGAUUAUGCAGGAUGUAGUAUACUGGAAUAUUAUAGCACUUUAAAGUGUAUGCUAUGGAUUUAUUUAUUAAAAUGUGCAUUCAUUUAAAAUUCAA